UCAGUGAUCAUAUCAUACUCGAUGAUGAUGAGGCAUUUAGUGGUCUCUAACUUCUGCAGGAUUCGAAUCACAGGGAAGUCAAGUUUAUGGUCAAGGACCUUGUUGGGUUCUGGUGCUAUAGCUGGGAUUUGCACUAAUAAUGUUGGUGCCAAAUUGGCAAUAUCAAGUCUUCAAAGGAGUGGCUCUUAUGCUAUUCACACCUUUAAGGCAAAGGCGAUGCAGAAAGAAGAAGGUGAACGAAGAUUUCCACCGCAACACCAGGAGUCUCAGCCUGGAAAGGAAUACCUUAUGAACCCUCUCCCUCAAUUCAGAAACCCCCAUUACAAGCCAUCUGGGAAACUCCAUGGAAAGGUGGCGUUGGUGACAGGAGGAGAUUCAGGAAUUGGAAGGUCCGUUUGCUACCAUUUUGCUAUGGAGGGUGCAACUGUAGCUUUUACUUAUGUGAAGGGUGCAGAGGACAUAGAUGCAAAUAAGACAUUGAAAAUCAUAAAUGAAGCAAGAAUUGAAGGAUCGAGUGAGCCAAUUGCUAUACCUACUGAUGUUAGGUAUGACAAGAACUGUAAAGAUGUGGUAGACAAGGUUGUGGCUGAAUAUGGAUGCAUUGAUAUCCUGGUGAAUCAUCCUGCCGUGCAGUACUAUACUUAUUCGUACACCUUAAAUGAGAUCACAGAGGAGAGGCUUGAAAAAGUGUUCAGGACCAACAUUUUCUCUUAUUUCUUUAUGACAAGGCAUGCUUUGAAGCACAUGAAAGAAGGAAGUAAAGUCAUAUGCACUACAUCGGGGUUAGCUUAUGUGGCCGACCCACCAAGUUGGAUUGACUAUAUUUCAACAAAAGGAGCCAUAGUAAGUUUCAUAAGAGCCUUGGGAUUGCAUUUGGUUGGCAAAAAGAUUCGUGUGAAUGGUGUGGCCCCUGGUCCAAUAUGGACACCACUGCAAGCUGCAGCACUCAAUGAUGAGGAUUUAGCAACACUCGGGUCAAGUGUGCCCAUGGACAGGGCGGGUCAACCUUAUGAGAUUGCCCCAUCAUAUGUGUUCCUUGCAUCCGACGACUCUUCCUACUUUACUGGCCAAGUUCUUCAUCCUAAUGGUGGAACAAUUGUCAAUGGCUAGCUAGCUGGUAUCUCCUUGUGAGGUCCGAACAUAAGAGUGAUAUCUGAAAAUGAAAUGAAUGUCUAUGUACUUAAUUGAAAUGAAGUGGCAAAGUGGCGUGAGUAUAUAUAAGUUGUAAUCUUACAGUAAAUUAUAUAUGUAUGCAUAAUGUAUGUAAGCUCUGUAUAAAGUUUGUAAUAAAGUAUU